CUUCAAAGCUUAAACCACAAUUUUCUUUGUAAUAGAGAUUUCGGAUUAAUCAGUGAUUUGGAAGGUACUUUUUUAUAUCAGCUCAAGUCCAUUGAACCUCAUGAUUCAGCUGAGAGUACUGGAAAACAUGAUUUGGUGGUUGAAUAUAUCGUUGUCAAAAACAUUUUGGCUGGUAAUAUGGUUGAACACGAAAACAUGCAAGGCGAUAAAGAUUUGGCAUGUAAAUACUGGGAGGAUCUGUUGGGAAAUGAAAAGGUUUUAACUACAAGGUUAUUGAUUUCUGUUAUUUUGGUUUGUAAAAUUUUAUCAGUCAACUCUGGAAAUGCUAAUGACUAUAAUUUGCCCAAUGAAAGUGAUCAAAUAGAGAAAUUGCAAAACAUUUUUCAAAGUUUUGUGGGUCCAAGAAUAAAGAUACUGAAAGAACGCACUGAAAUAAAUUCAAGAGAAAGAGGAUUUGAUUUUGAAGUUGAAGGUCCUCUCUUGAAAAUGCACCGAUCGAGUCAAGUUUCACAGCUCCCAAGCAACAAUACCUCUGAACAUAAAUCACCUUCAGCAGAAGAUGAUAAUAUUGCCGCUUCAAAGAAUAGUAAGGUCGAAGAAUCAGAUGAUGAAGAGUUUUUUGAGGUGGUAAAACGUGGAAUAAUAAAUUAUAAAUUCCC